CGAUUCAUCGAUUUCCAUUUUCGCCCGUGUUCGGAUAAGGCGUCUGGUUUCCCAUGCAAGGGAGGAAAAAAAGAAGGAUUUUCGAGUAAUUUUACAAACCUUCCAGCGACAAAUGUCGCUAUAAUGGCUAGUUUUUACAAAAAUGGACUUUAUAGCAGCAUACGUGUGCGUAGAUUCUGAUUAAAAGGACCACCUCCUGACGCCCGCGGGCUAAUCGUUCUCUCCGCUCCAGUGCUGUCCUGCUAGCGAACCCUAAGAGGAAGGAUUAACAUACCAGAAGACGGUCCAGAACCGCAAACAUGUCUGGGGCAUCUGUAAAAGUUGCUGUCCGAGUUCGGCCCUUUAACUCCAGGGAGAUCGGCAAGGAGUCCAAAUGUAUCAUACAAAUGCAAGGCAACACUACAACAAUCCUCAACCCCAAAGCCCCAAAGGAACCAGCAAAGACCUUUAGUUUUGAUUACUCCUACUGGUCACACACCACACCCGAAGAUCCCUCCUUUGCGUCACAAAACAGAGUAUACAAUGACAUCGGCAAAGAAAUGCUGGAGCAUGCAUUCGAGGGCUACAAUGUCUGCAUCUUUGCUUAUGGCCAGACUGGAGCUGGCAAAUCCUACACGAUGAUGGGCAAGCAGGAAGAAGGACAAGAAGGAAUCAUUCCCAUGCUGUGUGAAGAUCUAUUUGAGAAAAUCAAUGAGGACAACAACAAAGAGGAGCUCUCAUACUCAGUAGAGGUCAGUUACAUGGAGAUCUACUGUGAGAGGGUGCGAGAUUUGCUCAAUCCCAAAAACAAAGGGAACUUAAGAGUGCGAGAGCAUCCUCUGCUGGGUCCGUAUGUGGAGGAUUUGUCUAAGCUAGCUGUCACCUCCUACACAGACAUCGCUGACUUAAUGGAUGCUGGCAACAAGGCCAGGACUGUGGCUGCGACCAACAUGAACGAGACCAGCAGCAGGUCCCAUGCAGUUUUCACCAUCGUAUUCACUCAGAGGAAACACGACAACCAGACAGACCUCUCCACGGAAAAGGUCAGUAAAAUAAGUCUGGUAGACUUGGCAGGGAGUGAACGGGCAGAUUCUACUGGAGCCAAAGGUACCAGGCUAAAGGAAGGAGCCAACAUCAAUAAAUCCCUCACAACAUUAGGAAAGGUUAUUUCUGCCUUGGCUGAAGUGGAUAACUGUACUAGCAAGAGUAAGAAGAAGAAAAAAAGUGACUUCAUCCCGUACAGAGACUCUGUUCUGACAUGGCUGCUACGAGAGAAUCUUGGUGGAAACUCCAGAACAGCCAUGGUUGCUGCUCUCAGCCCCGCAGAUAUCAACUAUGAUGAAACCCUCAGCACACUGCGGUAUGCUGACCGAGCCAAAAAUAUCAAAUGUAAUGCUGUCAUCAAUGAGGAUCCCAAUAAUAAGUUGGUGCGUGACCUGAAGGAUGAAGUGGCUCGUCUUAAGGAGCUACUGCGCGCCCAGGGCCUGGGAGACAUUCUUGACAUUGAUCCUAUGGGGGAUGAUUACCCAGGAAGUGGAAUCAAAUACCUCAAAGACUUUCAGAACAAUAAGAAUAGAUAUUUGAUAGCCUCAGAGAACCAACGCCCUGGCCAUUUCUCCACAGCGCCUAUUGGUUCCCUGACAGCUUCCCCGUCCUCUGGUGCACUUUGCAACCAGGGGGGCUUGCAGUCAGUCACCAGCAUCCAAGAACGUAUCAUGUCUACUCCCGGAGGAGAAGAGGCCAUUGAAAGACUCAAGGAAUCAGAAAAGAUUAUUGCUGAACUCAAUGAAACCUGGGAGGAAAAACUUCGGAAAACAGAAGCAAUCCGCAUGGAGAGGGAGGCUUUGCUUGCAGAGAUGGGUGUUGCAAUCCGUGAAGAUGGAGGCACUUUGGGAGUUUUCUCUCCUAAGAAGACUCCCCACUUGGUGAACCUGAACGAGGAUCCUCUCAUGUCCGAGUGUCUGCUCUAUUACAUCAAAGAUGGGAUAACAAGAGUGGGCCAAGCUGAUGCCGAGAGAAGACAAGACAUUGUUUUGAGCGGAGCUCACAUCAAGGAAGAGCACUGCAUCUUUCGCAGUGAAAGGAAUGCAAACGGGGAUGUUAUUGUCAUGCUGGUGCCCUGUGAGGGAUCAGAGACGUAUGUCAAUGGCAAGCGGGUUGAGGAUGCAAUUCAACUCCGUUCAGGCAACCGUAUCAUAAUGGGAAAGAACCACGUGUUCCGGUUUAACCACCCGGAGCAGGCCCGAGCCGAACGGGAGAAAACUCCGUCUGCUGAAACCCCCGUGGAGCCUGUGGAUUGGACGUUUGCUCAGAGAGAGCUGCUGGAGAAACAGGGCAUCGACAUGAAGCAGGAAAUGGAGAAAAGACUCACUGAGAUGGAAAUACUGUACAAAAAGGAGAAGGAAGAGGCAGACCAGCUACUGGAACAACAGCGACUGGUUUACGAGAGCAAACUGCAGGAACUUCAGAAACAGGUAGAGACUCGCUCUUUGGUGGCAGAGACCCCCGAUGAAGAAGAGUUGGAGGAGGAAGAGGAGGAGGAAGAGUCUAAACUACUGGGAUUACCGUGGACUCAGCAUGAGUUUGAGCUGGCUCAGUGGGCCUUCAGGAAGUGGAGGUAUCACCAGUUCACCUCCCUGCGUGACCAACUGUGGGGGAACGCCGUUUACCUGAAGGAAGCCAACGCCAUUAGUGUGGAACUGAAGAAGAAAGUACAGUUCCAGUUUGUUUUGCUGACAGACACACUUUACUCUCCGUUGCCACCUGAGCUGCUGCCCCCAGAGCCGGAGAAAGAGCGUGAAGUCAGACCGUUCCCCCGUACAGUGGUGGCUGUUGAGGUUCAGGACCUCAAGAACGGAGCCACGCACUACUGGUCCCUCGAAAAACUGAAGCAGAGGCUGGAGCAGAUGAGAGAGAUGUAUGAUCGAGCUGGAGAAAUGGCUUCCACUCAUCAGGACGAUGGGGAGGGCACUCUGACAGGAAGUGACCCCUUCUAUGAUCGCUUCCACUGGUUCAAGCUCGUAGGCAGCUCCCCAAUUUUCCACGGCUGUGUGAACGAGCACCUGCCGGACCGCACGCCCUCGCCCACCUUCUCCACCACCGACUCCGAGAUCACCGAGCUGGCAGACGAGCGCCAGAGCGAGAUGUCCGACUAUAUGGACGAUGAGGCGUUCGUGGAUGACACCAGCUCGGACGCCGGCACCGAGGAGGGUUCGGACAUCUUCAGCGACGGCCAGGACCCGUUUUACGACCGCUCCCCCUGGUUCAUAUUGGUGGGAAGAGCUUUUGUGUACCUGAGCAACCUGCUGUACCCUGUACCACUGAUUCACCGUGUUGCCAUAGUGACCGAGAAGGGCGAUGUGCGAGGUUUCUUGCGUGUCGGAGUCCAGGCCAUCUCUGCUGAUGAGGAAGCUCCAGACUACGGGUCAGGAGUAAGGCAGUCGGGAACCGCCAAGAUUUCUUUUGAUGAUGAGUACUUCAAAAAGAAUGAUUUUCCCUCCAUGGUUAUGACCCGCUCCGGAAUGUCCCAGGAAGAGCUGCGCAUUGUGGAGGGUCAGGGUCAGAGUUCAGAGGUCAUCACACCCUUGGAGGAGCUUAACAGGAUAAACGAGAUGGAUCUUAAAUUGGGAAACGUUACAGAUGCCAAGCUUUGCCCCAGUGAAGGUCUGGCAGGCCAGCUGGAGGUGGGCAGCAUCUUUACCUUCCGUGUUACCGUUCUCCAGGCCAGUGGGGUCCCGCCUGAGUAUGCAGACAUCUUCUGCCAGUUCAAUUUCCUUCAUCGCCAUGAUGAGGCUUUUUCUACUGAGCCUCUGAAGAAUGCAGGGAAAGGAUCUCCCCUGGGCUUUUACCACGUCCAGAAUAUUUCAGUGGAGGUCACAGAGUCUUUCAUUGAGUACAUCAAGAGCAAACCCAUCGUCUUUGAGGUGUUUGGACACUACCAGCAGCAUCCACUGCAUAUUCAUGGCCAGGAUCUGAUCAGUCCUCCAACACAGUCGAGGAAAUACUACCCUAUUCCCAUGCCUUUGUCUAAACCAGUACCAGCAACUAAACUUAACACCAUCACCAAGUCCAACCUGGGUCACUGUGUCAGCAAGUACGACCUGCUCGUCUGGUUUGAGAUCAGUGAACUGGAGCCUACUGGAGAGUACAUCCCAGCUAUCGUGGAUCACACUGGAGGACUUCCCUGUCACGGCACCUUUCUGCUGCACCAGGGGAUCCAGCGGAGAAUCACAGUCACUCUUAUCCACGAGAAGGGCAGCGAGCUCCACUGGAAGGACGUUCGUGAGCUGGUUGUGGGUCGUAUUCGGAGCAAAGCGGAGGUGGACGACAGUGCAGCAGAUGCUAUUCUGUCGCUCAACAUCAUUUCUGCCAAAAACAUCAAAUCUUCCCACAAUACCAACAGGCUUUCAAUUGAUAAAGAUAUUGAUAGAACCUUCUAUCGUUUUGAGGCCGUGUGGGACAGCUCCCUGCAUAAUUCCCUCCUGCUGAACCGAGUGACUCCUUAUGGGGAGAAGAUCUUCAUGACCUUGUCUGCAUAUCUGGAGCUGGACCACUGCAUCCAGCCUGCCAUCAUCACUAAAGACAUCUGUAUGGUGUUCUACUCGCGAGACGCUAAGAUCUCCCCUCCUCGUUCUCUCAGGAACCUGUUUGGGAGCGGAUACUCUAAAACUCCUGACUGCAACCGAGUGACUGGGAUCUAUGAGCUCAGUUUGUGCAAGAUUUCAGACACUGGUAGUCCAGGGAUGCAGCGUAGGAGAAGGAAGGUUUUGGACACGUCUGUGGCUUAUGUCCGUGGAGAGGAGAACCUGGCCGGCUGGAGGCCGAGAGGAGACAGCCUCAUCCUGGAGCACCAAUGGGAGCUGGAGAAAAUGGAGCAGCUGCAUGAGGUGGAGAAGACGCGUCACCUUCUCCUGCUCCGAGAAAAGCUCGGAGAGGCAGCUCCAGUUGGAACCACCCCUCCCACAAAGUUUCUGUGCGAGUCUCUGUCCCCCAGCAUGAGCUCAGGGACUUUGUCCACCUCCACGUCCAUCUCCUCGCAGAUCUCCAGCACAACCUUUGAAAGCGCCAUCACCCCCAGUGAAAGCAGCGGCUACGACUCCACAGACAUCGAGAGCCUGGUGGACCGUGAGAAGGAGCUGGCCACAAAGUGCCUGCGUCUGCUCACGCACACCUUCAACAACGAGUACAAUCAGGUGGUGAACAGCAUCAGCGACUGCAAGCUGUCGGACAUCUCACCCAUCGGACGCGACCUGUCCGUGACCAGCUUGAGCAGCGCCACCCUCACCCCCUCCUCCACCUGCCCGUCUCUGGCUGACUCCCGCUGUGGCUCCUUGGACCAGAAGACUCCAGAGAACAGCUCUCGUGCCUCGAGCCCUUCCUGUUCAGACUACGAGAACUUCCCGUUGGUUGCCACUCUGGAAACAUCCUACCUUGCACGAGCCGGAAAAAAUGAGUUCCUCAACCUGGUGCCUGAUAUUGAAGAAAUGAGGCCAGGGUCUGUUGUGUCCAAGAAAGGUUUCCUGAGCUUCAUGGAGCCGCGCUCUAACUCAUGGGUGAAGCACUUCGUGGUCGUCCGCCGGCCCUAUGUUUUCAUCUACAACAGUGACAAGGACCCGGUGGAGAGGGGAGUCCUUAACCUGUCAACUGCACAGGUGGAAUACAGCGAAGACCAGCAGGCCAUGCUCAAGACUCCCAACACAUUUGCCGUGUGCACAAAACAUCGAGGAAUCCUCCUCCAGGCCAACAACGAGAAAGACAAGAACGACUGGCUGUACGCCUUCAACCCUCUGCUUGCGGGGACGAUAAGAUCGAAGCUGGCGAGGAGGCGCAGCGGCCUGAUGAAGAACUGAGCAGAGCGGCACACCAGCAUCGGGCUCCUGCUCUUUCAGAACAGCCUUCGAACAUACAAGUGUUAACACUUACUAACCAUUGUGAUUCUUGAUGGUUUUCCUUUGUAAGUAGAAUUGUGGCUUAAGUCUCCCUUCAUGCGACUAAAAGUUUCAGUUCCAGAGAAAUCGGCCUUCCCUCCAUCCAGCUUUAGCUUUCCUUCCCGCCCCCUCAGCUUUCAUAUUUUCUGACGUUCGGGUCUGAUUUUGUUCCUCUUUAUAGUCAUCCCUGAUCUCCCUUACUAGUAGCAUGUUGUGGUAGUCUAAAUGUGUGUGCACGGCUCUACAGAAACUUAAUUUUAAGUUUGCCAAUCAUCUGUAAAGAGAGGAAAAAAAAAAAAAAACGUCUCAGUGUUGUCUCCCAAAUUAUGUUCUUUAACUUUUCUGUUGUCUUAGACGAUGUGCUUGCAUGGCAACUGCAACAUUCCUCAGGAGAAGACUAGGUUUGCUUACCGUGAGAAAAAUAAAAUCCGUGACAAAUCUUUUAACUUACAGACAAAAUCAUGAAGGGAAACUUUACAAAUGUAUAUCUAGGUGAUGUAUUAGGUUACGCUCUUCCUUAAGAGAUAUUUGCUGCUAACAGAUCCCUAGUUUAAUUUUUUUUUUUUUAAUCUUAAUGAGUUCCCGUUCAGUCUUUGCCCUCCUCCCAAAACAGCCCCGCUGUCUCAAAUCAGGAAAGAUUUGGGUGAAAUUCCUUAGAGCUCAUCGAUAUUGAUGCUUUGUUAGGAUUGCAGUUGUAAGCGUCUGUGUAUAUACACACACACACACACACCCCCCUCAACCUCUGAUAGUGCCAGUGCAUUCGUGUCUGCAGGAGUAGAUAAUUGUCAGUUUGCUAUUUCAUCAAAAUGAAAAACAGGCUUUUUGAGAAGAAAAAUGAAGAUGGUUAGAUAAGUAAGGAAGGCAAUCUGUCCACAGAAAUGUCUUUGACUGUCACAUGCAUGUAGAUGUUCCGGGACGUGGCACGAGGGAGACAGCGAGGUCGUAGCCUUUAGGUCAUAAGGAGUAGUGAGGAGAUGAAGCUGCUUGUACACAGCCUGCAGGAAAGAGAACCGUCAGGGAGAAUCUGUAAAGUGAAGUGCUUACAGUUCAGCAGCACCAAAUGUUACCACUUUUUAUGUCAAUUGAAACAUCCUCAACUCGUGUUUUUUUUUUAAUUAUUAAAACCUUAACAUUAUUUUUUUGUUUGUUUGUACAUUGCGCCUAUGCUUUUAAUUGUUCCACAGAGGUGUUUAUGAAAUGUAACAGAGGGCAUUUAUGUAUUUCUUCAUUUGUAACCAGCAUCUAGUGUGUUUUCACUUCAUUUGCACAUUAACUUAAAUCUAUAGCAAGACUAGAGCGGAUCGCGCAGGAUGAUGUCUGAGCAUCAGGAACAAGAGAGCACAUAUCAAGGCUACACUGGAUGAUAGCUGUCUCUGAUAAGAGCUUUCUCAGAUAUUAAAGGGACGAGGUAGUGGAAGGAAGGUUUCUUUUAUUGUAACCUGAAAAUCUUUGCUCUGCACACUGCCCCUUAAUGUUGCUUUGGUGUAGCUGCGCUUAAAUUUGCGGCGCCUUUGCGUUUACACGGGCUUUGAUGCAUCGAUGGGCGUCAACAAACUCUGGCCUACCAACCAGCAGUUAGCCCUGUGCAGGAAGGGGAACUGGAGCCUGUGUAAAAGCAGAGGUGCCUGCAUUUAUUAAAUAACAUUCCACAGGUCGGCAAACCUGCUGGUCAGUCAGAGACAAAAAAACAACCAAACAAAUAUGUUGUUUUCUUAGUAAAUCCUGCCGGUUAGGAGAAGCGGCACAAGGAAACGGCCUUUUUGCACUCAUCAAGGCUGAUAUGCAACAUACCUCAGCUGCACUUUUAUCAGGGCAAAAGUCAGAGCAAACAUUUUCCCCUCAGUGGCUAAUUUGCAGAGAUAUAUUGUUUUGGAUUGUGUAUUUAUGUUUGCAUUGUAUAUAUUAGUUUGCAGCUUUUUGCACAUAUUAAUAAAAAGGUUCAACUAACUGAUCAAAUGAAGUCUUUGCGGUUUAGUUGUUCUGCUCGAAAUCAACCAAAAUGUCCUCUGGUCUGAGCUGGAAGAGGGUUGAAUGUACGGUGGAGUGUGUGUUUCAGCAGGGUGGGGAGGCCAUCUAAGAUGUUAACAGCUGCACCUUUUCAGGUGAGUUGCUUUAGUGCUUUCUGUCCAUCAGGAAGUGGUUUGAGGGAUUGGUUUGGAAGACUAUAAUUUUGUCAAUAUUCACGCUGGCCAGCUAAAUUUGAAAGAGUUCUUGUGAAUCCUUAUUAUUCUUUUUUUUUUCCAAGUGUCAGGGAUUCUAACAUGAAGUAGCGAGUAACACUUUCAUUCAUUGGGACAAAGCUUUUCAUCUCAACCCGUUGUUUUCUAUGGAUGCCUUUGAAUCAAAACUAUCAUUUCCAUCUCCCCUUAUAGCUUCGAAUCAUCUACGUUUAUUUUUUUAAUUGGUACCUUGGAAUUGAAAACAAGCAUUACCACUGUAUAUUAUUUCCGACUGGUUUCAUUUUCAUACUUACUUUGUAAAUAUCUAUGUUGUAUGGAGCUUGAACUAAAAUGUAAAUAUGUUUACUGUAUUUGUAAUAAUUAUAAUCCAUUCGCUGUAUAGCAUAGAUGUGUCAUGCAGGUAUCCUAAUUCUGUGUAUGGUAAUCUUGCACCAUUGAACCGUUUAGUGAAUGAGGCAACAAUAAAAAGUGCAAACUGUGCAUUAGCAAAAA